AUGACAGUUGCGCAAAUACGUCAAACCCCAUUUUUAAUCACCAGUAUUACACAUAUUCUCUGUGAAGUCAAACCAAUCAAAAGUCAGUUGUAUAUCCAAGAAUCGUCAAGUUCGCCACCAGUUACAGUCCAGCAAACAACCAGGAUGGACGCACUUCGAUGGGCUUCACUCCCGGAAGACCUCCGAGUUAUGCCGUUCAAUUUGCGCUUCAUGGGAUUCGUCGGGCUGUGGGGCCCGCGGCGAAAAGUUUACAAAUUUGUCGUUCCAUUAAUCUACUCAACGAUGGUGAUAAUGUUUCCGAAGGUGGUGCUCGGUAUCGGGAGUUCCGAUAUUACGGUGAUUUGCAAGGGGGUGGCCGAGUUUGUAUUUGAACUGCCCAACUUUGUAACGCUGACCAUUUUGGCUCUGAAGAGGCAAAGAUUCGAAAUGAAAAUUGACAUAAACCUUAUCAAUGUGAUGUUGAUUUUUUCGAUAACUCUGCUGCAAGUAUUUGGCUAUUCCUACCUGGGAUCUGAGCUGGCCGAGGAAGCGGAAGCCGUAGGCAAGGCCAUUUACGAUCUGCCGUGGUACGAGCACUCGGUUGAGUUGCAACGUUUCUACCGGCUGAUCAUUCAACACCAGCUGCCAUCCAGAAUGGACACAGUCCGGUGGGCUUCACUUCCGGAGGAGCUCCGAGCUAUGCCGUUCAACUUGCGCUUCAUGGGAUUCAUCGGACUGCGGGUUCCUCGGCGGAAAAUUUACAAGUUUUUGGUUCCACUAAUCUUCGCCACGAUGGUGAUCAUGUUCCCGAAGAAAGUGGACCUGAACUUGAUCAAUGUGAUGAUCAUUUUUUGGUUAUCUUUGGUACAAGUGUUUGGUUAUUCCUAUCUGGGAUCGCAGCUGACUGAGGAAGCCGAAGCCGUUGGCAAGGCCAUCUACGAUCUACCCUGGCACGAGCACUCCGUUGAGAUGCAACGAUUCUACCGACUGAUCAUUCAACGGACGCAGCGGCCUACUGGGAUUACGGGAGCAACGUUUUUCAUCGUUCAACGGACUACAUUUGCAUCUUCACAAACUUAUCAGCCUCACGAAAUGGCCGUCAUCGCUGAAGAACUUCAAGUUAUGACGUUCAACCUUCGAAUAUUGGAGUGGAUUGGCUUGUGGGGCAAUCGGGGUAAAUUAUACCGAUUUUUGUUUGCAUUUACCUACGUCGUAAUGGUGAUCAUGUUCCCAAAGGCUGUUUUGGGAGUUGGAAGCAAUGAUGCGACGCUUAUUUGCAAGGGAAUCGCUGAGUUUAUCUUUGAGUUGUCCAACUUGAAAUUUGACCUAAAUUUGCUCAACGUGAUGAUCAUAUUCUUGCUGACAUUGGUUCAAGCCUUUGGAUAUUCGUACCUGGGCACGGAGUUGGCCGAAGAGGCUGAAGCAGUUGGCAAGGCCAUCUACGAUCUGCCGUGGUACGAACACUCGGUUGAGUUGCAACGUUACUACCGGCUGAUGAUGCAGCGCACGCAGCGGCCUACUGGGAUAACGGGAGCGAAAUUUUUCAUCGUUCAGCGAACUACUUUUGCUAGUGUGGUACAAAUGUCCUACUCGUACUAUUUGGUUCUACGAGAUGUGCUUAACAAAUUGUAA